AUGCAUUACAUUCGCCUGCUGCGCGCUCCGCGCAUGACUGUCACGAAUGACUCCAUGCAGACAGAGCUGGUAUUCACAAUCACAACCGAUCUCGGAGACUCGUUUCUAUCGCCAGACGAACCAAUCGACCUGGUCGUCACAGCACAUGUCCUCUCCGUAUCAGGAGAUCCGGCCUGUCGUCUCUCCGAAAAAGGAGCACUAAAAUGGCAAGCCGGCAGGCGGGUUUGCAAGCCUAUUUUCGAGUUUCCCCCCGAGAUUCAACAAGCCUUUCAGAGUGGGCAAUCCGUAGAAAUAUGCAUCAGCCCCGAGUCUGGCCUCCUAGGCGACGAGGUUAAGAACAUCCUACGCUCCUCUAUCCAGCCCACCGACGGCCUCAUCAUGCCAGUGUGGGUGGGUAUGAGUGGCCCCGAAGCAGACGAUGAUGUCUCGACGCGCCGCAUCCUCCUGAGCGGCCAGUAUGAGCCCCAGUAUCUUGAGAUACAGGAAGAAUUCGGUGACAGCAUCGCCCGUCACGUCUGGGAUGCGGGUGUCGUCUCGCUUUGUGCCAUGGUCGGCGCCUACAGAUUCCCCGACCUUGAAACCAGCAAGCACCCUUGCAUGAGGAAGCUUCUCAGCAUUCUGAACAGUCGGGAGGUCAAUGUCCUGGAACUGGGCUGCGGUGUCGGGAUCCUUGGGCUGGGCCUGUAUGCCGUGUACCCGCGCGGCCUGGGCGAGUGCACCAUCUUGAUGACGGAUCUGGAGGAGGCUGAACGUAGAGUGCGCUCUAACAUGGCGCUCCUGCGUCAGCAGCACUCUGGAUCGGAUCUCGGUCGCGCACAAGUCAUGUACGAGAAUAUGGACUGGAAUCGAGCCAAGGAGGGCAAGUUUGGACGACGAUUCCAGGACCGUCGAUGGGAUCUCAUCAUGCUUAGCGACUGCACCUACAACGUUGACAUGCUUCCUGCCCUGGUGGACUCGCUGUCGGCUAUUCACCGCGUGAAUACGGAAUUUACCGACGAUGAGGAGAAGUUCUCGACAAAGGUCUUUAUUGCGAUGAAGCCGCGUCAUGCGUCGGAGAUGGAGUUCUUUAAGCUCAUGGCUGCAGAGGAUUGGGUUACGCAGGAGAAGCAGGUCCUUUCGCUUCCUGUCUUGGGACGGGAAUCCGAAUCGGUGGAGAUGUAUAUCUUCGAAAAAGUGUGA